UGAUGCAGCACCACUUGUAUAACUAAACUGCGCUCUCACUACGACUUUGCACGGCAUUCGGUUCGGUCGCUUGAAUUCACGCUUCGUUGCACUAUCCGGUUUGUUUCGGAUAUCCUUGCCAUUAGGUACUUAUCUACUAUACUAUUUACUUGCAUUGAUUGUCCGCGAGAGCCCCCUUUUGGAAGGCACCAGUUCCCUCAUUCGAUCAUGAGCAGUAGUGAACCGCAGAUCAAGAAAACCAAGAUGGGCUCGAGUCUGGAACAACUGAAGCAAUUGACCACUAUCGUGGCCGAUACGGGCGAUUUCGAAGCAAUGAAGGUCUACAAGCCCACGGAUGCAACGACGAAUCCAUCGUUGAUCCUGUCUGCUGCAGGCAUGCCACAGUAUCAGCACCUGAUCGACAAAGCCGUCAAGUACGGCCUGGCUCAUGGAAGCACUAAAGACGAACAGGUGGCGGAAGCGGCUGAUAUGUUGUUUGUCCUGUUUGGAUGCGAAAUCCUUAAGCUGGUCCCGGGACGCGUCUCGACCGAAGUCGACGCCCGGAUAUCGUUCAACAAGGACGCCUCGGUGGCCAAGGCCCUGAAGCUGAUCCAACUGUACGAGGAACAAGGCAUCAAGCGGGAUCGUGUCCUCAUCAAGUUGGCCUCCACCUGGGAGGGCAUCCAGGCGGCCCGUGUCCUUGAACAGGAGCACGGAAUCCACUGCAAUCUCACGCUGCUGUUCUCGUUCGCGCAGGCUGUUGCCUGUGCUGAGGCCGGAGUCACGCUCAUUUCCCCAUUCGUGGGACGCAUCUUGGACUGGUAUGUGGCCAAUACUGACAAGAAAUCAUUCGAACCGAAACAGGAUCCAGGCGUUGUUUCGGUUACGAAGAUUUACAAUUACUACAAAAAAUUCGGAUACAAAACCGUGGUCAUGGGAGCGUCCUUCCGUAAUACGGGAGAGAUUCGCGCCUUGGCCGGUUGUGACCUCUUAACCAUCAGUCCAAAACUGCUCGGAGAUUUGGAGAAGAGCGAGGAGCCUAUCAAGCGCUAUUUGGAUCCUGAAGCGGCUAAGAACUGCGACCUGGAGAAGAUCACAAUGGACGAGGCCACGUUCCGCUGGAUGCUCAAUGAGGAUCAAAUGUCGACCGACAAACUUUCGGACGGAAUCCGAAAGUUCGCUGCCGAUGGACGCAAGCUGGACUCCAUGCUGCGCGAAUUGCUUCAAUAGGCUGCUUGAGGUCGGAGGGGAGGUCGAAUAAGAUUGAUUGAGCAUUUAUCAAAUUCUUAAUGUUGGCAAACAUAAAUUCCUGUUCAUUUUUUUGUAUUGAAUAAAAUUGAUGUACCUUCUUUUUUAAA